AUGUUAUGCCUUCCCGUGUUGGUUCGCGAACGCCUCAACAAAAUCUAUGUUGACGGCCUCAUCAACUACCUCGACAUCAAGAAUUUUGUUGAUGACUUCAACUCCCAAAAUACAACACAGAUAACGCUGGCAGGGGUCAUCAUGGCAAUCGAUGCUGGUUUCUUGUCCAUUCAAGGUGUCGGUACAGGAGUGGUUGCAGACUCGAUUUUAAAGGGUUCAAUUAUUUUCUGUGUGGGCUGCAUGCUCGCAGGCAUGCUUGCACAACACUUUGGAGAAAAAUUGAAAACGCUGCGAUUUGCGGCAUAUUACCUAGACCAAGGAAUGGUAGUGGUUAUUGGGGUGUUCAGCGCACCAGGAUUCUUUUGUGCGAUGAGGCAAGUCAUCUUUUAG